UUGCAAACUCCUCGCGGAGAAGCUGCCGGGCCAGUCGGAGGGUAGGAAGUGAACGUGAUGCGUGCAGCGAUCUUGGUCAAAGAUAAACCGUUACUUUAAAUUCUCAGUGAAAGAAAACUCGAAUAUGUGAAUUGUGAUUUAUGAAUAGUGUUUAGGUGCGCGUGCCAGAUUUCUCGCUCCCUGAGUGAAAAGUAACGUCCAAGAAAAUCAGCUAAUGUCGUACCUUGGUGCCAAGCGCGUCGAUUCGAUGGUGCUCACCUCUGUAUCUCCAAUCUCCGUGGUGCAAGUCUCGAUGGUGGCUCUUCAACAGGCUCAUGCUCUGUUGUUGUUUGAGAAAGCAGGCGCACAUGCAUUCUGUAACCCACGUGACGCUGCAACCCCGAGGCGACUGGAGCGGCGCGGGGCGGGUGUAGGCCAGGCGCUGGGCCAGGCCGCGGGCGACCACACACGCGCCGCAUCCACCCGGCGGCUGCACACCGCCUUCGGCCGCCUGCAGCCUCUGGCAGACGCCCCGCGGGCCGGGGUUGUGGCGGCCACACCUGUACCCCCUCGUGGCUGUGGCACAGGAUUGGAGGUGGCUAGGAAACGGUAA